UGGCUGUCGUUUUUCUUAGAACUUUUCUCUGUUUCACACUUAUCCGUUGUCCUUUUAUUCCUUCUCUAUCAUCUCUUUGCUUCCCAUUCAAGUUCUUCAGAGUUUUUUAAUUUACCGUUUAGAACUCGUCGUUAACUUCAAGCAACUGUCUCUCUCUUUCUUUCUUUUUUUCAAAACGUUAGGUUAGACAUAUGCCACAAAUCUAACGCUGAAAAGCAGAAGUAAAGGCCAACUUUUAAAACUCGGUGACUGACUUACUGACUGACUCACCGAGUCAAUUUUUUCCAAUUUAAAGGUGGGCUUAAUAAUAAUUUUUUCUGUGGAACAGCAAAUUCUGAAAUAAAAAAGCAAAAAGGAAGAAGAAUCUGUGGAUAGAUGGGGAGUCUGGUAGAAGAGAUUGAAGGGGAGCGAGAAUACGAUGUUGAGGAGACUAUAUUUGUUGCGGUGGGGAAGAAUGUGGAGAAGAGCAAAACGACGCUUUUUUGGGCGGUUCAGAACUUUCCCGGGAAAAGGAUAUGCGUGCUUCACGUUCAACAGCCUCCUCAUGUACUUGCAUUGACCCAAGGAAAGCUUGCUCGCAAUAAAUUGAAACAGCAUGCAGUUGAGGCAUUCCAGAAACUUGAAAGACCAAAAAUGCAUGAACGCUUAGAGGAAUACAUGCUUAUUCUUGACCAUGCAGGGGUACAGGCAGAUACAGUGUGGAUAGAGAUGGACAGUGUUGAAAAGGGGAUUGUAGAAAUUAUAGUUCGGCACAGUGUCAGAUGGCUUGUCAUGGGGGCAGCAGCAGAUAAAUAUUAUUCAAAGAAACUACUACAACCAAAGUCCAAGAAAGCAAUCUUUGUAUGCCAAAUGGCGCCAGUUUCUUGUCAUAUAUGGUUUGCUUGCAAGGGUUACCUCAUCUUUACAAGAAUAGGUGGAAAAGAUAGAUCUAACAUAGAGAUUGCAACUUUAUCACCACCACUGGAUUCACCUGUAAGAACAGUGCAAUUGGAGUUCUUGUCAUCAGAAUCUGUACAUAGGGUGAGAUCUCUAGAUGUAGAGGAAGAUACUGAUGUUAUAAAAGGAAAAUUAAGGCCUGUUUCCUGGUGUUCAGAACAUCUAAACCUGUCUAGCAGUGAAGUGGCUGACACUUAUGGAUCAAUCCCUUUGCAGAGAGAUGAGGAAGAAGAAUAUCAAGGACAAGCGAGUAAUGUAACUGAUCAACUACUAGAACUAUCAAUUAUGGAUGAUCACAACUUAAAGCAAAACAUGUUUGCAGAGACAGUGAAGCAAUGGAAGGAGGAAAAUGAUGCCAUGGAGGCAAAAUGCAAGGCAAAGGCUUUAGAAUGCUUAUGCGUGAAGGAGAUGAGCCGAAGAAAAGAGAUGGAGGAAUUGCUUGAAAGAGAAAAGAAAGAAGUACAAAAGAUGAAGGAUCAGCGUGAUGAACUUAUGAAAGAACUCCAGGUGGUUAAGGACCAGACGAAAGUACUUGAGAGCCAAAUUGCUGAUUCCCAAUGCACAGUGGAGGAGUUGGACGAGAAGUUCUUCUCAGCUGUGGAACUUUUAAUUAGUUUUAAGAAAAAGCGGGAUGACAUGCAGAUAGAGCAUGGAAAUGCCAUAAGAGUAUUGAAAGAUUUAAGGAAAUUGGUAAAUGGUGAAAAUGCAAGCUUUCCAGGGACACAAAUCCUUGAAUUUUCUUUCAUGGAGAUUAAUAAUGCCACUCGCAACUUUGAUCCAUCCUGGAAGAUUGGAGAAGGAAAAUAUGGAAGUGUAUAUAAGGGUCUCCUUCGCCAUGUGCAUGUUGCUAUAAAAAUGUUGCCCUCAUAUGGCUGUCAAAGCCUCUUGGAAUUUGAGAAUGAGGUAGAGAUUUUAAGUCGGGUGCGACAUCCAAAUCUGAUCAUGAUAAUUGGAACUUGCCCAGAAUCUAGGUCACUUGUCUUUGAGUACCUCAGAAAUGGCAGCCUAGAAGACCGCCUUGCCUGCAAAAAUAACACUCCGCCUCUUCCAUGGCAAACUCGAACUCGCAUUGCUUCUGAGAUAUGCUCUGCCCUUAUCUUCCUUCACUCUAAUAAGCCUUGUAUUCCCCAUGGGAACUUAAAACCCUCUAAAGUCCUUCUUGAUGCCAAUUUUGUGUCCAAGCUCAGUGAUAGUGGCAUCUAUCGCUUGAUCCCACAAGGUGAAAGGACAGAUAUUUCUGCUUCAUCAUGUACUAAAGCUAACCCUGAGGUUGCCUCUGUAUAUAUGGAUCCGGAGUAUCUUGAGAAUGGAAAAGUUACUCGAGAAUCUGAUGUGUACUCAUUAGGGAUGCUACUCUUACGACUGUUGACUGGGAGACCAGCUUUGGGGCUCUUGAAAGAUGUAAAAUGUGCAAUAGAGACAGAAAACUUUAACAUGGUGUUGGACUGGUCAGCUGGAGACUGGCCACUUGCAGAAGCCCAACUCUUGGCUCACUUGGCAUUAAGGUGUUGUGAAAAGCUGCCAUUGAAUCGACUGGACCUUGUGUCAGAAAUAUGGAGUGUGCUUGGGCCAAUGAGUGAGUCAUGUAUCAACUCAGCAUCAUGCUUGGGAGCUAAGGAGCGCUGUCGGAUCCCUUCUCAUUUUGUCUGCCCAAUUUUUCAGGAGGUCAUGGAAGAUCCACUAAUAGCAGCAGAUGGCUUCACAUAUGAGGCAGAUGCUAUUAGAGGAUGGUUGGAAAGUGGCCAUGACAGAUCACCAAUGACAAAUCUUAAGCUUGAACACUGCAGUCUGGUCCCUAAUUAUGCUCUUCAUCAAGCAAUUCAAGAGUGGCAACAACAAUGGUGAUAUAUAUCUUGUAUUCAUUUUCUGUACAUCUGCCUAUAUAUUUACCAUAUCAAUCCAACCUUCAUAACUAUUCAACCACCAGAACCGAUUAAACUAUAUGGCAUGCUCAUCCUCUCAUGUACAGCUCAAGGGAUUUCAGUGCCGUGCUGAAUCAGAAGUUUCAUUCUAUCCAUUCUUUUUACAAAUGUUUCAGUUUUGUCCAGGACCGGGAUGCUUGUACAGUUUUUGACUCUCAUUUAGAGGGAAGUUGACGGAUGGACUUGAUUGCUCCAAUUGAGGUUCAACUCAAUUGGAAUGUUUUGACGGUCACAGGUGAAACUUCAUGUAUAAGUAACAGUGGAAUGUUGCCCAAGUGAUGCAAGGGCUUUUUUUUUUUUUAAUUUCUAAUAAAAGGAUAAUAAUUUAAGAAAUGCUUUGUUUACAA